GCCACAGCGCGGGAGAAGCAGGGAAGUGGCCGCGCUGAGGGGAUAAGAAAAAAAAGGAGGGGGCGAGAAACUUGGACGAGCCAAAGUUUUCAGCAGGCGCCUGCUCGCUUCUCACAGGCCCCGAACUCGCCUUUCACCUCCUCCGUGGAAUAGGAGCUGAGGGGAGAAGGCGUGUGCACAACCGAGAGACCCCAGAGAGGCCCGAGCAAGUCAACUUGGAAGAAGGCUUUAUCUUGGAGUUAACCCAGAGGAGUUUUUGAAAUCAUUCAUCAUGAAGAGUGUAGUGGAAGACUGCUUCAGGGUAACUGCCUUGCUAUUCAUAGCUCAAGCAGUUUCAGCUAUGGUACUCCCCAAUGCAACACUAUUUGAGGAGAUGCUAGAAAAAUACAUGGACGAGGAUGGUGAAUGGUGGAUCGCCAAGCAAAGAGGAAAAAGAGCUAUCACUGACAGUGAUAUGCAAAGUAUCUUGGAUCUUCAUAAUAAAUUACGGGGUCAGGUGUAUCCACAAGCUUCCAAUAUGGAAUAUAUGACAUGGGAUGUAGAGCUGGAGAGAUCAGCACAAUCCUGGGCUGAGACAUGUCUUUGGGAACAUGGUCCUGCAAGUCUUCUUCCAUCCAUUGGACAGAACUUGGGAGCACACUGGGGAAGAUAUAGACCUCUAACAUUUCAUGUCCAAGCAUGGUAUGAUGAAGUGAGAGACUUCAGCUAUCCUUAUCCUCAAGAAUGCAACCCUCAUUGCCCUUAUAGAUGCUCUGGUCCUGUAUGUACCCAUUAUACACAGGUGGUAUGGGCCACAAGUAGCAGAAUAGGUUGUGCAGUUAAUUUGUGCCAUAACAUGAAUGUCUGGGGACAGAUAUGGCCCAAAGCCAUUUACCUGGUGUGCAAUUAUUCUCCCAAGGGUAAUUGGUGGGGGCAUGCACCAUACAAGCAUGGUCGCCCAUGUUCUGCAUGUCCACCUAGUUUUGGAGGAGGCUGUAGAGAAAAUCUUUGUUAUAAAGAAGGUUCAGAAAGACGUUACUCUCCAGAGAUGGAAACCAAUGAGAUUGAACGGCAGCAGUCACAUGUUCAGGAUUCAUCACAAAAUCGGUUAAGGUCACAUGCAGCAUCCGAUGAUGGUGACAGAAAUGAAGUCAUAAGCAAAUUACAAAUGUCUCAAAUUGUUUCCUGUGAAGUACGGCUAAGGGACCAGUGCAAAGGAACAACUUGUAAUAGGUAUGAAUGUCCUGCUGGCUGUUUGGACAGCAGUGCCAAAGUAGUUGGAAGUGUACAUUAUGACAUGCAAUCAAGCAUUUGCAGAGCUGCAAUACAUUAUGGCAUCCUAGAUAAUGAUGGUGGCUGGGUUGACGUUACCAGGCAAGGAAGAAGAAAUUAUUUUAUUAAAUCCUAUAGAAAUGGAGUUCAGUCAAUUGGCAAAUACCAGUCUGCGAAUUCCUUCACAGUCUCUAAAGUGCCAGUGCAAGCUGUCACUUGUGAAACAACUGUGGAACAAUUAUGCCCAUUUUACAAACCAGCCACACAUUGCCCGAGGCUCUAUUGUCCUCACAAUUGCAUGCAGGCAAAUCCACACUAUGCUCGAGUGAUAGGAUCAAGAAUUUAUUCUGAUGCAUCUAGUAUCUGCCGGACAGCUCUACAUGCUGGAGUGAUUCGGAAUGAAGGAGGCUUUGUUGACGUUAUGCCAGUAGAUAAAAGAAGGAUGUAUACUGCUUCAUUUCAAAAUGGGAUUUUUUCAGAAAGUUUACAGAAUCCUCCAGGAGGCAAGGCAUUCAGAGUGUUUGCUGUGGUUUGAAGGUAACAAGUAAACUGUAAAAACAAAAGCUAAAUACAGUGCUUGGAAGAAGAGAAAGAAAAUGCCAUCUAAUUUCCUUCCUCAAGUUUGUAUAAAGAUGUAAUAUUGCUGUACAGAAUAUAUUUACUGUUUUCUGACUGAAAAGGGGUUUAACUGCAUGUAAAUCUUAAUGGGGGGAAAUCUGUAAAGUUAAACAUGGGAAAAUGCAUAUGAAAAACUAUGAUGAUAAAUAACUUGUUUUGAAUCCUGUGUUAAAUAUUGCUAUAUUUUCUUAGCAUUUAUUCCUAUGCAAUUCAUUUGAAGCUCGUAAAUGUUCCACAAUUUAAAAACAAAACAAAACUGAAUACAUUAUUAUUAU